GGACGUCAAACACGGGUCGUUUGUUGUAGUUUCAAUUUGAGAACAUUAUUCGAUUUAUGUGCAAAGUGACGUUACAUGUUUUGCCAACAUAAAAGGCAUUCAUAGUAAUAUAUUUUCAUAUCUGUAGAGGUGUAAGUAAUAUUAGGCCAGCGACAAGCCUAUCUAUUUUUACCGUACAUUUUCCAUGGGUCUUCUAAGCUUUCCCCUCCAAUAAGUGCAAAGGACAUCAGACAGCUAUUACCUAGCUAGGGAUUCGGACAGCCAUCUUCAUCAGUAUUACACCGUACUCGACUUGUUAAUAUAACGCAGAAAAAAUGGAAGAAGACGAACAAAAAUUAGCAAUCAUGAGAAAAGCUUUCCAAAUGUUUGAUACUAGUAAAUCUGGAUUUAUUGAUACAUUAAAAAUCAGUACAAUUUUAAAUACAAUGGGGCAGCUGUUCGAUGAUUCAGAAUUAAAUGAACUCAUAGAAGAGGUCGAUCCUGAUGGUAAAUCAUCAGGAAAAGUCAAUUUCGAUGGCUUUUGUAAAAUAGCAGCACAUUUUCUUGAAGAAGAUGACGCUGAAGCUAUGCAGGAAGAAUUAAAGGAAGCUUUUCGGCUUUACGAUAGAGAAGGCAACGGAUACAUAACUACAGCUACGCUCAGGGAGAUAUUAGCUGCUCUAGACGAAAAACUAGGCCCAGAAGAUUUGGAUGGUAUCAUUGCCGAAAUUGAUACUGAUGGUUCAGGCACGGUCGACUUUGAUGAGUUCAUGGAAAUGAUGACUGGUGAAUAGAAGAGACAAAGAUAUUUUUUCUUAAUGGGUGUUUUUUUCAAUGGAUUAAUGUUAUUACAAAAAUAAAUAAAUAAAUGCAAUUGAAUUUUUUUAUUUAUUGGUUUUAAGUAAAUUAUUAUAAUGGUAUUGUAUUGAUUACAAAAA